GUUAAGUGAAUGUGAACACAAUGGAGUUGGUGUUCAUAACUGUAGGGUUGGGUAUGACGAAGCUGGAGUUAUAUGCAAUUCCACUUUAGACCUGGAGUGCAAUGAGACUGAUGUUAGACUGGUUGAUGGGCGGCUAUCUGAUGCCAAUGGUAGAGUGGAGAUAUGUUUCAAUGGGUUGUGGGGUUCAGUGUGUGAUGACCUGUGGGAUGCCCGAGAUGCACAAGUGGUGUGCCGACAACUAGGAUAUGAUGGAUUUUCUAUCUCACUGCAAAGAUAUCCUGUUUUGACAAAUGAAUUGUCAUUAUUCUAUUACCUGGACAAUGUUUAUUGCAGAGGAGAUGAAGAUAGGUUAAGUGAAUGUGAACACAAUGGAGUUGGUGUUCAUAACUGUGGUGUAGGAUAUGAUCAAGCUGGAGUUGUAUGCAAUUACCUGGAGUGCAAUGAGACUGAUGUUAGACUGGUUGAUGGAGAAACACCACAUGAUGGUAGAGUGGAGAUAUGUUUCAAUGGGUUGUGGGGUUCAGUGUGUGAUGACCUGUGGGAUGCCCGAGAUGCACAAGUGGUGUGUCGACAACUAGGAUAUGAUGGAUCUUUCUAUCUGCACUACAACAGACAUCCUGUUUAGAUCAAAUGCAUGUCAUUAUUCUAUUACCUGGACAAUGUUGAUUGCAAUGGAGAUGAAGAUAGGUUAAGUGAAUGUGAACACAAUGGAAUUGGUGUUCACAAACUGUGGUGUUGGGUAUGACGAAGCUGGAGUUAUAUGCAAUACCACUCUGGACCAGGAGGUGUGCAAUCAUACUGAUGUUAGACUUGUGAAUGGCAAUCCACCGCAAGAGGGUGAAGUGGAGAUAUGUCUCAAUGGGCUGUGGGGGUCAGUAUGCAGUAACAGGUGGGAUGUCAAUGAUGGUAAAGUUGUGUGUCGACAACUUGGAUAUAAUGGAUCAUCUUUCUCACUGCUACACCGUACCCCUUAUCGAAGUUUUUUAUCUACCAUCUAUCAUCUGGACAGUGUUGAAUGCAGAGGAAAUGAAACCAUGUUGGUAGAAUGUAACCGCAAAAGACCUAGCAACAAUUGUUAUAGCAAAAGUGGAGUUAGAUGCAAUUCCACUUUAAACCUGGAGUGUAAUGAGACUGAUGUUAGACUAGUUGAUGGGCUAACGCCACAUGAUGGCAGAGUGGAGAUAUGUCUCAAUGAUGUGUGGGGUUCAGUGUGUAAUGACCUGUGGGAUGCCCGAGAUGCACAAGUUGUGUGUCGACAACUGAGAUAUAAUGGACGUACGUUCUUUUUUCCAUGCUAUAGUCAAUCCAUUGUCCAUUUCCACACAACACCACAGCAUCUUUUCUACUGCUGCACACUACCACUUUAACUGUGUCCACCAGCUAUCAUCUGGACA